AUGAGCGUGCUGGGCGUGAGUACCGCGGCCAACAUGUACCAGUCCGUCAACGACGCCCUCAGUGGCACCACCUGGGGCUCGCUCUGCCUGGACACCAGCUACUUCAAGCCCACGUGUGGCUGGAGACUCCUGAUGACCAGCUCCCACCAGUUGACUGGCGUGGAGUUGUUUGAGAGCACGGCAGAGCAGUACGACAGUUACCGAUACUUCAUCACCAGCACAGAGGCCAACGCCGACUUAGUGAGCGACCCUCCCGAACACUGCUUCUUCACAACUGUCCUCGGCCAUUUCGGGACGACUGUACCCCAAAUAGCUACAGACUGGUACUGUGUGUGUGAUGAAACUACUGACAACUUUUGUGAGGAGGUGGAUCCAUCCUCGGCGCCCACAGCGGCAGCAACAACACCAGCAGCCACAGCAUCAUCAGGAGCCACAACAACAACAAAUGGAGCACUGUCAACGAUAUCAACCACAGGCUACCCUGGCCAGCUGAUUUCAGAUGCCACGAAAGUCUACCUGAACAGAGAAACCAGCUGCUACAGUGGGGUCAGGCUGGUCACACUAACUGAAACUGAUCACGUGAUGAAAUGUGGUGCGGCCUGCCUUGACGACAGCGCAUGCACAAGCAUCAACUUCUGGCCAAUCACAGGCCAGUGUGACUUGGUCCAAGAGUCAAGUGAGUCUCCGACUUUCCAGCAAAGUGAGCUGUCUGGAUGCGAACACUGGCAGGUGCAGCUCAAGGAGUGAGACAGCUUUUAGUGAAUGAUUUACGGCCAUUGCGACACAAAAAGGUUAUACAAGUGCCGAAAAGUAGAUGUAAUACUAUUAAGUAACAUGCACAAA